UUUUAGGUUGUUCGGUGCAAAUACCUGUAAAUUUGAGGAUUCUGGGUGCAUUUUUUCCGUCAUUGGUCUGACAAGCACCACGACGACGACGACAUUUUUGAACCUUGAGGUUGGGUUGGGGGCGAGAUCCAAAUUCGGAAACCGAGAUUCCUUGCGAUCUCACUCACUCUCUCUCUGCUGCCUCUUCCUUGGCUGCUCUCCAUCUCAAGCUCUUGAUAUCUUCAGCUGGGCACAUCCCACACUUUCUGACAUCAUCAGAGUUGUGUUCAAACAUCUGCCAAGAUGUUCCAAGACAAGGAAGCUGACGUGAUUGCAGAAGAGCAAGGAGAAUCUGAUGCGGCAAAGGAGAAUUUGACAUCGCUUGGUGAUAAUCAUGAUCAGCUUCUGCAAAUGAUUGCUGAGCUCAGAUUAGAAAAUGACUUUCUCAGAUCCCAAUUUAAGGAUCAAGUAGAGCAAGUGGAAGGGGACAGAGCAGUCUCACCGCAACUUCAACAACGGCUCGCAUCAUUGAGUAGAGAAAUUGAUGUUGAAAAACAAACUCGAGUUGCAGCUGAGCAAGCUCUGGAGCAUCUAAGGGAAGCAUACUCUGAGGCAGAUGCAAAAGCCCAAGAAUACUUCACCAAGUUUUCCCAAGCUCAACAGAAGCUGGACCAGGAAAUAAAAGACCGCGAAGAGAAAUAUGCCGACCUGGACGCCAAAUUCACCAGGCUACACAAAAGGGCUAAACAGCGCAUUCAAGAAAUCCAAAAGGAAAAAGACGACCUCGACGCUCGUUUCCGGGAAGUUAGUGAAACAGCUGAACGCGCAUCUUCUCAGCACUCAUCCAUGCAGCAAGAGCUGGAGCGCACUAGGCAACAGGCGAAUGAAGCACUUAAAGCAAUGGAUGCGGAGAGGCAACAACUACGGAGUGCCAAUAACAAGCUUAGAGAUACUAUCGAGGAACUACGUAGCUCAUUACAGCCUAAAGAAAAUAAGAUAGAGACAUUGCAACAGUCACUUCUUGAUAAAGACCAGGUGCUCGAGGACCUGAAAAAGCAAUUACAAGCUGUUGAAGAGAGAAAGCAAACUGCAGUUACUGAGAUUUCAGCCAAACAUCAAAAGAACUUAGAGAGUUUGGAAGCACAGGUCAUAGAUGCCCUAUCAGAGAGGGACAAAGCAGCCGAAACCAUUUCGGGACUACAGGUACUACUUGCAGAGAAGGAAUCUAAAGUUGCAGAGAUGGAGGCAGCUGCAACUGGCGAAGCAGCAAGGCUAAGGGCUGCUGCAGAAACUCUUAAAGGAGAGCUUGCACACCUGAAAGCGGAGAAUGAAAAGGAAAAGGAGACUUGGGAAGCUUCAUGCGAUGCUCUUAAAUCUAAACUGGAAAUCGCUGAAAGCAACUACUUACGUGCCGAAAUGGAAGUGGCUAAAAUGAGAAGUCAGCUGGGAUCUGAAAUGUCCAUGCAGACCCAGAUGCUAAGCACAAAAGAUGCUGAACUCAAAGGUGCAAGAGAAGAGAUCAACCGUCUCCAGAGUGAAUUUUCUUCUUACAAGAUCCGUGCUCACGCGCUUCUGCAAAAGAAGGACAUGGAGCUGGCUGCAGCGAAAGACUCUGAACAGAUCAAAUCUCUUGAGGAAGCUCUAAAGGAAGCUGAAAAAGAAGUAUAUUUGGUAUCUGCAGAGAGGGAUAGGGCACGGCAAGAUCUUCAGGGUGCUUUGGCUAACCUUGAGAAAGAACUUGAGGAAAGAGCUGGAGCACUUAAAAAUGCCAGCGAGCAGAUCAAAUGUCUUGAAUUGAAGCUUGAUUCCACUCUUGCUCGCAAUCAGGCGGAUAAACAAGCGUGGGAAGAAGACCUUCGAGUUUUAGAAGAAACUUGGCGACGAAGAUGUGAAGCUUUAGCUGCUCAAAAUGAAGCCUCUUCGGCAGAAGAUCUAGAAAAAGAACUAGAAGAUACCAAAAUGCGGAAUAAACGACUGAAGGAGGAGCAUGAAUCAGUACGCGAGCUUGCAGAUAGACUCAUUGAGGAAAAGGAUCGAGAGAUAUCCAAACUCAUGGAUGAGAAUAAAGUUCUUCGAAACUCUAUGGAACCAAAACCAGUAUUGAACAAAUCUCCAUCUCAGGUUCAUCACUAUGGGAACAACUAUACAGAGUCACAACAGCAGGAUGUAUCUAACUUGAGCACUUCUGCCGCAGAACACCAGAUUCUGAUAUUGGCAAGGCAACAGGCCCAGAGAGAAGAAGAGUUAGCACAGACACAGCGGCAUAUUUUAGCUCUUCAGGAGGAAAUAGAGGAGCUUGAGCGCGAAAACCGUCUUCGCAGUCAACAGGAAGCCAUGCUUAAAACGGAGUUGAGGGAGAUGGAAAGAAAACAGAAAAGAGAAGGUGUCGAUAUGACAUACCUCAAGAAUGUGAUUUUAAAGCUGUUAGAAACAGGUGAAGUGGAGGCUUUACUACCAGUAGUGGGAAUGUUACUUCAAUUCAGUCCGGAGGAGAUCCAGAAGUGUCAGCAAGCGUACCAUAGCUCAGCAGCAACAGCAACAACAACAAAAACAGAGGUGAGUCCAGGUGCGACAAGUGAAGGUUCAGGUCUAUCCCUCUUCUCAAGAUUCUCGUUUUCCUAGUUGGGUGGGCACUGACGACUGGAGGCGAGAGCUACACCACAUUCUUUUGGGCCAAGAAGAUACACAUGACUGUGUUUUUACUACUGACCCUUCGUUUUGUUUAGUGAACAUUGAAAAAGUUCAAGAAAACCACUAGUUUUUUUUUUAGUUUUGUAAAGAAAGGAAUCCACUAAAUUGAGUUGGACCGUAUCAGUUAAUGAUACAUAUAUCAGAUUAAUGAUAAAUUUCUAUGCAAAAUAAACUUAAGAUC